GUAUGAGGUUCUGUCGAGCAACUCAACUCCAGCUGAUGGCGUCACCUAGGAGUAGGUACUUUUGCUGCGGCCAAGACUCAGCCUCGCGCAGCACGUUAACCUGGGGUCGGCGCCAACUUGCCCGAUGACGGCCAUCCUUGCGACUGGGGUAAGGUUCGCCAAAACAACAGCCCCCAUUAGGCGGAGCUGGUCUGUGACCGAACUGGUAUCAGGCAUCUAUGGCCAUGCCAAUGCCAGAAUCCUUGGAGGUGGUAGAACACAUAAGUAGGCUCUGAUCACAAGUAGGAAGAAAAUGCCAUCUCAAGCUCUUUUCUCCUCGAGCGGAACAACCCAGCGUCGUCUCGUUAGAUCUGAAGCAAGAGAAUUACUUGUUCAAUCAUGGUUCAUAUCCCGGACGUGAAAGCCUUCCCGUCCCUCCGUGACUUUGACCCCUUGCAACCACAUUUCACCUGCAUUUAUCCUCUGAUCGGUAAAGAACGGAACUGUGCAAAUCGUGUCAACCAAUUUGAUCGUUCCGAAGCAUCUCGUAUCCAGGUACAGAUUUUGGGCGGCGUAUUGACUGGUGAUUUGACUGGCCAUCUCCAAGAAUUGGCCGAACUGAGCUGUUGUAAGAGGGUCCACAGAAAGAGCCUGGAAGAGCUAGGUGUUCUGGAUGAGCUUUGCCAGAAAUGGGAAGACGAUGUUAGGGAGAUACCUGCAGCAACGCAGAUCAAGGAGGAGGACAGAGGAGAUACAGACCCGAACUUGACAUCUGUACAGGCUGAUACGCCUCGUUCCGAACCUGCUGAAUCGACGCCAAGGUACAAUCUGAGAUCAAUGGACAGGAACCACACAGGACAGAUAUGCCACCAAACGGGCGCCGCAUCGUUGAUUCCCGAGUUUGUGCCUCACGUCAAAGGCCCUUCGAACACGUUUGUCUCGGUGCUAUUGCGGCCGUUACCACCAGCCUCCUCAUCCAAAGCAUCCCGGAACAGAGAACCUCAAUGGCGAAAGCAAGGUUCCAUCUAUGCCUUCACCCGAACCUCGAGCCCAGGCAUGGUGAAGAUCGGAUAUACGACAGGCAAGGUGUUUGGUCGCCUGGAAAGCUGGCAGAGACGUUGCGGCUACGAGCCAUGGCUUGUUGCUGUUGCCGAUGAUGUGCCGCAUGUCAUACGAGCGGAAGCCUUGGUUCAUCAUGAACUGUCAGAGCAUUGGCGAAGGGAGCCGAGGUGUAAGCACAAUCCGCUGUGUGCCGGUGGACAUCGGGAAUGGUUUGAGAUCGAUGUCGACACAGCAGCGCAGACAAUCAAGAGAGUGGCCCAAUGGAUAAGGUUGGCCAGACCAUAUGAUGAGCACGGCUUCCUUACGAGGAAAUGGAGAAACAUCAUCUGCGACUUGGAGAAGAGAGACGUGGUGGUCACUUCAGCAAACCUGUUGGAAGCAUACGACGACCUUACCUCUCACGAACGGAUGGGUGCGAUCGACAGUAGUCAGAGAAAAGCCAUACCCAAGAUCAAGACGGAAAGUGAGAUCGUGGCGCAAACGGAGUUUGAAUCCGAGCUGUCAGCUGCUGAGAAGGAUGUAUCGUCGCUGGACCAGGCUAUGAGGCUGUUACUGGGAUCAGGCAAGGUUGGGCAGCUAUUGGAUGUCCUCAUUACGGACAGACGAAUGUAUACCUCGGUUGAUCGCAGGCCGAAGAUUGAACAACCAGUCAUGCCAAUGGGCGUGCUGGUAUCGUGAGCAUCCGACAGCUGUUUGGGGAUUGCGGUGAAAGACCUUUGGAUCCA